UGAAUUCCGUUAGUUUUAUAGAAACUUGGUGUUAAAAUAUUUUUAGUCAUUUGUCAUAUUGUUUAAAGUAAAGAUUUAGAUUUGGUACAGAUGAGCACUCAAGCCAUGCCUGACAUCAAAGCACCGGUUGCCUUAACACAUUCCUCGACGGAUAAAAUGUCGCGGCAUGAAAUAUUGCGUUGGGUAAAUACCACCGUAAAUGGCGAGUACAAGAAAAUUGAGGAUCUCUGCUCAGGCGUCGCUUAUUGUCAAAUGAUGGAAAUGAUGUUCCCACAUUCGGUCGGUCUGAAAAAAAUAAAAGUCAACGCAAAAUUGGAGCAUGAAUUUCUGCAUAAUUUAAAGCUUUUCCAAAUGGCAUUCUCGCGAAUAAACUAUGAGAAAUCUGUACCCAUUGAACGAUUGAUAAAAGGGCGUUUUCAAGAUAAUUUCGAGUUUCUGCAGUGGUUCAAGAAGUUCUAUGAUGUACAUGCAGCAGGCAAGGAAAACGUGAAGGUUACAAUUCCUCAGAAACAGCAAACGCACCCUAACAAGAAACUGACGAAGAAAAUUCUGAGUCAAGAAGGUUCCGGCAUGACUCCACCAACAGCAAAUUCAACACAAUUUAGUGAUCAUGAAAAUGGUUCACCAAGAAGUGCGCAAGCUUUGAAGUCAACUCAAAGCGAGUUGGUCGAGCAGACUGCAAUGGUAUUGAAUGAAAGAAAUUUCUAUUACAAGAAACUACGAGAAGUGGAAAAAGUUUUGAAAGAAUUUACGGAUCGCACCGAAUUUUGUGAACGUGCGUUGGCCAUACUAUAUGAUGAUGAAGAAUCCAUUCGAAGCAAUCGAAACAGUGAUACUGGCUGCGUUCCACCGGAGUUAUAAUUCAAGUAACUAAGAUCAAGUGUAUUUACGUUUAUUUAUUAUAAUGUGAAGUGCUAUAUAUAUCCUAAAUAUUUUUUUUUUUUUGUAUUUUUUCAAUAAAAUGUUAUAAAUUUGUUAAGACUA